CAUAUGCCACUUCCACUCUCCUCUCUAUAUCUCCAAUCUCCAGACGCCCUGAUUUCCUCACUCAGAAUGGCUUUCACGGUGUCCAAAGCUCAUGAGCCUUCUUUCUUAGAGACGGAGGAGAAGGCCAUGAAUGUAAUGAAGCAGGGGUCAAAAGAGGGUGAAGAUGUUCAAACGUUGAGUCCCAUCACCAGCCACCUCUGCUUGAAAUCCUCGGCGAGCUCCUCACCUGAAGCACUGGACAAAGAAGCCGUCCUCAGACGCAUCCGUCACCACAAGAGCUUGAACAAAGUCAGGACCGCUUUGCAUGCUAUGGCAGGUGGCACAGGGAACACUAAUUGGGAGCAAAAGUGGUUGGAGCUGACCGAUGCUUUCUCCUGCCCCUGAAAGCUGAAACCUUUGGUUUCUGGGGUCAUUAAUUAGAUGAAGGAUCACGGCGGUAAAUUUACAGGACCUGCAGAAAUUCAACCGUCUUUAAGGAAUUUGUAAUCACUGAAUCCGCAAUUCUGUUUUAUGUUUGACGAGAAAUUUCUCUAUCCAUAUUAAAGAUUGUGAUCAGUU